AUUUCUAGACAAUCUAAAAGUACUCUACAAUUAUUAAGGGAGGACAUGAAGUGCAAUGGUUUUUCUGCUCAAUCAUUGGAAUCAAAUGAAGUGAAGCCCAUGACACAAAUACCAAUGGAAGAAUCUGUAAUUGAAGACAGAUUAAUAAGCAAUGAUAAUAAUAAUAAUGAAAAGGGAAAGGAGUCAGAGGUGGUGACUGAAGAGGAAAAUCCUAAACCAGUGAAUGGUCAGAAAAAGAGAGGUAGAGGAAGGCCUUUGGGUAGUGGUAACAGAAUUAAUCUACUACAAGUUUUAGCUUCUCAAGGUGGAAUAGCAGCACUAACAAUGGGGAGUGAGUUCACUCCUGCUGUUGUUAUAGUGGAGCCUGGGGAAGAUCUUGUUGAAAAAGUUUGGUCAUUGAGUAAAAUAAAUGGUGAAUCUGUGUGUAUUUUUUCAGCCACUGGGACCAUUUCAAAGGUUGAUCUUGGUCAUUCAAUUGGUGGCAUCCUCAAAUGUGAGGCAAGUAACUAG